GUCUUGGUCUCCCCGCAAUAACACGAAGCUGAGCUCUCGACGGAACUUCCCUCAUUACGUCAAUCGUUUUCGGCAUAUAAUACAACUGCAAGCAGCUCGGUUAUAAAUUGACAAGCCAACUCACCUGCCGUACCAAAGAAUCAAGACGACCUAGUUGUAACAUAAGAUACAGCCAUAGAAAUGAGUACCGAUUAUAAAUUUGAGGGAUGGAUGGGUGAGGAUGAAAGAUCAGCAGAAGGGAAUAUGGUUUGGCGAGACUACGAGCCAAAGAAGUGGAAGGAGACUGACAUCGACAUCCGUAUCACUCACUGUGGUGUCUGCGGCUCUGACAUUCACGUCCUCCGGUCGGGCUGGCGUCAGGCACCAUACCCAGUGGUUGUAGGCCACGAGAUUGUCGGCGUCGCUGUGCGCGUCGGUAGCAAAGCUGAAGGCGGCAUUCAAGUCGGUGACAUCGUCGGUGUCGGUGCGCAGUCUGAUGCAUGUCUCAAUCGCAAGAUAGGAGACGACAACCAUGACUGUAAUGAGUGCGCCUCUGGCGAAGAGAAUUAUUGCACCCGCAUGGCCCCUACCUACGGUUCAAAGUUCUUAACCACAGGCGACAAGACGCAGGGCGGCUAUGCUCGCUACCACCGUUGUCCAUCGCACUUCGUCUUCCGCAUCCCCGAGGGUGUCGCGCCAGAACACGCAGCGCCGCUUCUCUGUGGUGGCGUGACUGUCUAUUCGCCUCUGAAGCAAUUUGGUGCCGGACCUGGUAAGAAGGUAGGUGUCGUUGGCGUUGGCGGACUGGGUCACUUUGCUGUACUCUUUGCUCGUGCUCUUGGCGCCGAUGAGGUUGUAGGUAUCUCGCGCAGGGAGGGCAAGAGACAGGAAGCCAUGGAUCUUGGAUGUACAGAUUAUAUCGCAACAGCUGAUGAGGAGGGCUGGGAAACCAAGAACUCUAGGAGACUUGACCUCAUUAUCUCAACCGUCUCAUCUCCCAAGAUGCCCCUCGCUGAUUAUAUAGGUCUUUUACGAUUGGACGGCACACUCGUUCAAGUCGGUCUUCCUGAGGGUCAACUCCCCUUCCGGCCUGGUAGUCUUACCGGCGCACGUCGCAGAAUUGCCGGCUCAAGCAUUGGAUCGCCCGCUGAGAUUCGAGAGAUGCUGCAGCUUGUUGCGGAUAAGAAGGUCAAGCCGUGGGUUGAAAUGCGUCCUAUGUCGGAAGCAAAUCAGGCCAUUAUUGAUUUCGAGGCUGGCAAGCCGCGAUUUCGCUAUGUUUUGGUUAAUCAGGAUUCAUAAUCCCACUGUGUACGUAUGUAGGGGUUUGCUUAGGGCGCACCUCCUUGAAGUUAUGAUUCUUUCUAGUUCCAUAUAUUACCCUUGGUCCCUUAGCUAUCUAAAGCCGUAGUAGUCUGAAUACCUAGGGGAGAACUAUAAGAUACAAGUCUCAG